GUCCUGUUGCCGACCCGCUGCUAGAUGGCGCUCUUGCUCCACGGAAAAGCUCAAUUCUUACCAACUUGACCGCGUUGACGUCACUGAAGUCUGGAGCAUCAAGGCCACUUCCAAGCCGCUAUUGGUCUGAAAAUCACAUGACACGUUUCCUAGCAUCCAGAAUUAUGUUAGUGAUAUUUGUACCCCCCAAAAGAUGUCAGCAUCCUAAUGUCCUUAUUCUUCUGCAGAAACCCGCAGCCCGCACUAGCGGAUCACAAAAAAAACUGUCUUGAACCUGCCAAAGCAAAAUGUCAUGUCCGAAUAAUAUAGUACCCAGUAAUUUUCUGAUGGAUUCUAUAACGAGUGGAUCAUCUUCCUUCAGGAGUGAUGUUUAUUCUAGCAAUACUGGAAUGUACAUCCAUCCAGAUCGUGAAUGCGGAUAUUCAAUGAUGAAAAACAUUGGGAAAAGACGAUCUCCCCUCUCCAAAAAUGACGAGGUACCUCCGAGCGUCAUGACACUUAGUGGCGUCCAGGAUGCGCCUUACAUGUCCACGCAUAUCUCCACUUGGGGUGUGAGCUGCAAAACUAGCAGGGACGAGCAACCUGUUGCCCAUUGUUUACAGCCUUGCUCAUUUCCAGCGAGCAACGUGAAAGAAGAGGCUUUUUGUUACCUUUAUCAGAAAGACAGCAGCAUAGCCAAAGGGACAACAGAGUCAGCCACAUACAUCCGGCUUGGAGACAACAGUCGCCCGACCCAGCAGGCAACCUCGGCGGCCGACCGUUUCCAGGCGACCCAGGUGUACAAUGCCGACAGGCCUCAGCUCAACGACCAAUUCCAAGCUGGCUUUGCUCUGACCCACUUGGCGGGAUCUGUGGACUCAGAAGUGGAAGCAACAAUAAGCAGUGACAAAUUAGACAAGGAGAGAGCAAAGGACUUGUCAGAAAAUGAGAAUGAAGACGGCAGAAAGAAAGCUAAGACAGACAGCUAUUCUGAUAAUUCCGGCGAAGAAUUGCAAGAUAAUUCAUUCACAGAAAAAGCCGCAGGGAACUGGUUGAACGCAAAGAAUGGAAGGAAGAAACGUUGUCCAUACACAAAGUACCAGACGCUGGAGCUCGAGAAGGAGUUUUUGUUCAACAUGUACUUGUCUCGGGAGCGCCGCCUAGAGAUCAGUCGCAGUAUCAACCUGACCGACAGACAAGUCAAGAUCUGGUUCCAAAACAGACGCAUGAAGCUGAAGAAGCUCAAUAGGGAGAGUCGAGAAAGGGACCACAGUGCCAUUUACAACUACAGUUGAACACUUUAAACACACACACACACACACACACACACACACACACACACACACACACAC